CCGCGGUCUAGUUACAGGCUCAGGCAGAGCAGCGCAGCCGUGGGGCCAUAGGAGCGAGCGAGCGAGCGUUUGUAUGCGUGGAAAGCAGCCAGCCAGCCAGCCAGCCAGCCAGCCAGCGAAACAGCCAGCCAGCCAGCCAGCCAGCCAGCCAGCCAACGAGCGCACCCCAACUAACUGUCUCCUGCUCUGCUCUGUUCUUCCCGGGCGGUUAGCUGGAAACAAGGACGCUGGAGUGACCUGGUCCCGUCCCGUCCCGCCAGCCCGGGUGCAGGCAGGUCGGAUAUCUAUCCGGCUGCUUGCUUGUUUCAUUGGCAUUGUCGGAGCGCGAAGGUAAGCAAGUACCUCAGUGUCCAUGUCCAAGUCAGCCCAGAUGCCACUGUCCAACAACAUAACGGUGUCAAAGCCCUCAAUCUCUCGGGUGCCCAGCAGCAUGGAGGGCAUCAAUCAUGAGCUGGAGAAGGUCUUUAUCAAAGACAACGGAGAGAAGGAAGAGUUGAAGUCUCUGGAGGUGCCCGAUGGCCGUCGAGCGCCCUUUCCUCCGCAGCAGCGCAGCGGCUCCGGAGGCACCGACAUCCAAAUUCCAUCAGGCCCCGGACGGUCCAGCAGUUGCUCCAGCCUCUCGCCCUGCCCCUCACCCGCCGCCUGUCCGUCGGGAUCACACGACAGCAGUCCCUUUUCCACCGAGGAUUUACUCGAUGAUCCCGAUAAAGACAGCGAAAGUAGCUCGCCCCUCCCCAAAUUUGCAUCUUCCCCCAAACCCAACAACACCUACAUGUUCAAGCGAGAGCCGCCCGAAGGUUGCGAAAAGAUUAAAGCCUUUGAGGAGAUGAGCUCGAGGCAGUCGGCGUCGGCCGCCCUCUUUUCCUGUCCGGACAAAAACAAAGUCAACUUCAUUCCAACUGGCUCGGCAUUCUGCCCCGUCAAACUCCCGCCGGUCCAGUCUCAAGAGAAGGAGGAGGACGACGACCACGACGGGACAGAGACGGCGACGACGCACGAGGCUCGAGCCUCCCCGGCUGCAAAUGAUCCUCCCGGCCCAGCCGGCGCCUCAGCGGAGCUGCCGCAGACAGACAGUCGAGCCCUCAGCUAGUAGCGAGCAGAGCUGGUCUCUAGCUCCAGGUUUGACCUUUGUGACUGACUCUCCCAAAACACCUUCUCCUGCCAUGCCACAAGAGCCUUGGUAUCUGUGUGCUGACCCCUGCGAGCCCUCUCUCUCUCUCUCUUUGUCUCUCUCGCUCUCUCUGCAUGAUGUAGAAACUGUCUCCACCACCGCCACCACCGCCACCACCACCACCACCACCACCACCAAGAACCACUUUGCCACCAAUAUUCUGUCCUGUAUUAUUCUGUCCAUGGUUGUGGCCAGGAAAAGAAGAAGUUGUAUUGUGCAGGAACCAUAGGGAUCAAAGUGGAAGGGAUGUGUAUUUUAAAAUGAUAGUAUAUUUCUUAUGAUUAAAUGAUGUAUUGUGUUCUGUUUGAAACAUUUUCAGAAAGAAUAAGCUCUUUAAAUGGAACGUGUGUGUGUGACUCUCGGGCACAAAAACGACGGGUAGUCGCACUGGCGUGCUAUAUGACCUAGAGCCCAUGAAGCACUGACUGUGAAAAUGAUCGCUUGGCACAUUUGUGAUUGAAACACCAGAGAAAUAAGUAAAGAUCACUUCCCAGCUAGAA